CUUGCUUGUACGGCGCAGGACGAAGGAGAUCAUCCGAUGCACAUUCACGUGAGCAACACGUCUGGCUUUACUCUGACCACGCGAAAAGUGUGACAAUCUCGACCUUGCUUUCGCUGACGCUAUGCGGACUCUCCGACAGGGCUACGUCCCCCAACUAUUAGGCACAGGUGCCGGCUUCUUCAGCUACGAUCAACCGUCUCUAGAUUUACAGCAAGACUUUCCAAAUCCGAUGAGACGAGACGUGUGGACCGUGCCUGGCUUCAGCUGGACAGUCAUUAGGCUCACCUUGGAUCUCCCUGGCCUAUGGACGUUGUGAGUCCCUGUGCCAAAACUGUCGGGAUGGCACCCUGACCGGCCGACAAACGUCGCUCAUCUGUCCCCGCCCAAUUCACCUCCCAAUCACACAGUCAUUGCCACCUGCGCGAGCA